AAAGAGCAUCGAGGAGAAAAUGCCAAGCCGAGCACGUGCGCGAUCACGAGGCAGAGCGCGUGGCCAGGAGACUGCUGCACCUGGGGCUCGAGAGCCAGCACCAAAGGUUUCAGAACAAGCAGUGGUCGGGCUGGUUGGCCGAGGGCGGCAGAAAACUGCCCUAGCAGCUUAUUCUGAAGAAGUGGUUCUUGAGAUCUCUGCUGGAUUUCAACAAGUGAGUAUAGGAGAAAGAGGCGGACGCAGAAGAGACCUCAAUGAUGCCGGCGUUAACACCCGACAGACGAUGGAGCAUGUCAAAGCUUCAAAGUCUGGAACAAGUGGCUCUCCUAUUCAGUUGUCUGCCAACUUCUUUCGUAUCCUGUCCCGCCCUCAAUGGGUUCUAUACCAAUACCACGUUGACUUCAAGCCACCAAUGGAGUCCCGUCGCCUUCGAUCGGCCCUCCUGUUCCAGCACGAGCGAACUCUGGGCAAUGUUCACUCCUUCGAUGGAGGGAUACUCUUUAUGCCGCAAAGACUUCCUCACAAGGUGACUGUGCUGCAAAGUUUGACAAGUGAUGGUGAGAAAGUGGAGAUCAUUGUGACCCUGACGAAUGAACUGCCUCCAAUGUCACCAGUUUGCCUGCAGUUGUACAACAUUAUAUUCAGAAGGAUUUUGCGACUCCUCGGCAUGCAACAGAUUGGACGCAAUUAUUACGAUGCCAAAGAUCCACUCAGCAUCCUGCAGCACAGAUUGACCAUAUGGCCAGGCUACACAACAGGCAUCUUGCAGUACGAGUCAGCCAUCAUGCUGUGUAUCGAUGUGAGCCACAAAGUGCUGCGUAGUGAGACUGUUCUGGACUUUAUGAUCAACCUGAGACAGAGGUGUGGACCUCAUUCCUUCACCGAUGUCUGUGCCAAGGAGCUUGUUGGGCUCAUUGUUCUCACUAAGUACAACAACAAAACCUACAGGAUAGAUGACAUUGCUUGGGAUCAAACACCCUGCAACACGUUUACAAGGGAGGACACAGACAUCUCCUUCAAGAACUACUACAAAACUAGAUACGGUGUGGAAAUCCAAGACAGCAAUCAAGUUCUCCUGGUCAGCCGCGUGAAGAGGCUUGCUCGAGGUCAAACACCUCCUGGACCAGCUUUGCUCAUCCCAGAGCUUUGCUACCUCACAGGUUCACACCACAAUACGCACGUCAAAUUCUCUGAACUUGGUUGACACGUUGAUCCACAA